AUGAAUAACAUUCCAAUGUCAAUGUCACAAUUGAAUGCAUCUUCAUUGUAUAGUCAACAUCAACAGCAACAAUAUCAACAACAAUAUUACCAACAAUCACAACAACAACAGCAACCACAACAACAGUAUUACCAACAAUCACAACAACAAGUAUAUGGAGAUGAAUCAACAUCUACUACUCCAAAUACAUCAUCUAGAUAUUACUAUAAUGUAACACCAUCGCCUGCCACACCAUUGUCGGCAGUCGGUAGUCUAGUUAUUCCGAGAAGUGUCAUCACACCAACUUCACCUUCACCUUCAUUGCCACUUCCACAACCACAUUCAACAACAACAACAACCAACUUUGGUAAUAGUAGUUUAGGAAGUGGUGAAUCGCCAAUGAUGAUGAUCGAUCAACAACCUUAUCACAUGAUUGACCCAACAACUUCACAACACCACCAACAAUAUCAAUUCCAACAAACAACACAACCAUUGAAUAAACAAUCGACAGCUGCAACCACAUCGGUCAGUAACAACCUGGCGUCAUUCUCCAAGGAGCAGGAAUGGCAGUACAUCUUUAAGAAUGCGGUGAGUAUGAUCGACGAAAGCAUCGCCAAUCUCGACACUCUGGUCGACCCUACAAAGACACUCGAUAGUACACCGAUCACCGGUUACAACUACUUUGAAUCUGCUAAUCCCGUGUGGAGUACACUUCUGCUCGAGAAACACAUUCAAUUCCCACAAGAGAUUACACAGCGAUACCUGACGGCCAACACCAAGACACUGCAAGGCAUCUUCCCAGAGAUAGGAAAGGCUUGGAUCUCCAUCGAUCAGACACUCUUCCUCUGGGACUAUCGCGACGGUAUCAACGGUGGUGAACUCAUCACCAAUCAUCUCUCACAGAUUAUCACCGCAUGCGGUCUAGUCGUACCACGUCGCAACGUCUUCAAAGACACCGUUAAAUAUCUACUAGUCGUUUCCACACACGUAGAGAUCUUCCUCUUUGCAUUAUCAUUUCAAAACAAUGAUGAACAAAAAGUUGAAUUAAUAACAACACCACUUGUUAUUCCAACAGAUUCUGUUAUUAUCAAUGAUAUAGUUGGUACAGAUGAAGGUAGAAUCUUUGUAGGUGGUCAAGAUGGUAAUUUAUAUGAGAUUGUUUAUAACGAUGGUCAAUCAUCGUGGUUUAGAACCAGUAAGAUCAGUAAGAUCAAUCAUACCACAUCGAUUUGGAACUCUAUCUGGGCAAGUAAGAAAGCAGAGAUCAUUCAAAUCCUCUAUGACUCUCAAAGAAGAAUGAUCUUUACUUUGGAUAAGAAUUCUGUUAUCAAUAGAUAUUAUCUAGGUGCAACAAAUAAGAAUGCAUUGAUACAUGAACAACCUCUAACACCACUUGCAAGAUACAACACUGAAUCAAGACUAUCGAUCAUCUCUAUCAAUCUAUCAUCACAAGUCGACUAUCAACUAAUUGCAAUCUGUUCGAAUGGUGUUCGUUUAUAUAUAUCACAAAAUUCUGGUCAUCUUAAAUAUGCUAGAAAACCACCUAUUACAGGUACAGAACCACACUACUCAUUCUAUUGUAAUGGUGUGUAUUUCGUUGCGAUUGAAUCGAGUGAGUUGAUGGAUAAACUCAUUGGUACCACUCCGUUCUCGAGAAAGAUGAUCAAACGUUUGUACGAGGCAGACAAUCAAGGAUUCAUAACAAGCUCCAAUGAAGAUCCACUCGAGGAACGACCGAAUCAAAUCAAUAUCAAAGGCAGAGUGAACGUCAUCAAAGAGGACAUUGUCAACGUUGCCACCGGAACAUCAUCUACAUCGUCGAUCGUCUUUUACAAGGAAUUCAAAUACGAACACGCUACCAUCCCAAGAAGAUUCCUUUGUCUCAACUCACUAGGUCUUCAUAUCAUUACAAAACUACGUUACGUCGAUCUAUUGCGUAAUCUUCUAUCACUUGGUAAUCUAAUUGAUAUAGAUACAUUCUAUAAUGAAUUUGGUGCAAUCUAUUCGAAUUCAUUGUGUAUUGCGAUAUGUUGUGAGACACCACAGAGUGCACCGUUGUUGACAGAGCAAUUCUACGGUGCUUUGAGUGCACCCAAGUCGGCAUCACAGAGAUUGGUCGAUCUUGCGAUGACCCAAUUUAAAAGACGUGCUGGCAAACCAUCAUAUUUGCAGGCGAAAGCUAUCUUCUCACAGGAUAUGGGUACCAGUGUCAAUCAAUCAGAGAUUGUCUAUUCGAAUGCGCACAACGCUGUCGUUGCCUACAUCAGUCGUGUGCUCUCACCGAUCUGGUCAGAGGUAUUGAUCGAUGCCAGCAACUCACACUGUCCAUGGUCCGCAAUCCAACUGAAAACCAUUCAAUCGCACCUCGUCAACCUCUUGUUGUUCUUGGAGAACUCGAAUCUUGUACAAAAGAACGAAUCUGACAUUCCAAUCUCAAAGAAACCAAUCAAUGAACAAUCAACUGAUGAAGAUGCAUUAAAGAAUGAAAAGAGAAAUCUAUUGGGUAUUAAGAAAUUAAUUCAAAAGUCAUUACAAGUCAUCAAUUUAUUCUUGAUUCUCUUACAAUUUAACUUUCAACAAAUCUUUGAAGGAAUGGAAGGUUUGAGUCAUGACGAUAAACAAAAGAUGUAUCAAUUUAAAUUUAAAGACUAUGUUCAAAAUCAAACAGAUUUGUCACCAUCAAAGAAUGUACCUUCAUUAUUGAUUGUAUCUUGUAUGAAGUUAUUGAAUUCAUUGAAUAUUCAAAUUGAUAAUGUAACUAGACAAUUAGAAUAUGAAUGUCCAGAUAUAUUUAAAAAGACUGAUAAACAAUUGAUUGUUGCCAAAGACAAGUUGAAGAAUGCAAUCAGAGAUGGAAAGAGUCAUUAUACCGAUCAGCUGGUGAAGGAUGCACUUAUGAUUCUCGAUGAGAUCUCACCAAAGUUUGAUCUCAAUGAGAUCAUUGGAUAUCUUGUUGCCAUCCAGUACUUUGAGUAUAUAGUGCCAUUGGCAUUGACAUAUGCCUCGAGACUAGAUCCCAACAACCUCACACAAAACCAAAACAACAAGCAAUCGUCCGAUCCAUCAAAGGCCAACGAAGCAAAGGAGAAAGAAGAACUCAAAAAGAAAGCUCUCUUUGAAAUCUUCAAGGUCAUCGAUUUAAUUAUCAAUGAUCAAGAUGAUUUCGCAUCAAAGGAAUUCAUUGAUUAUAUGAUCAAUCAAAUACUAGCAAGUAAUGAUAGAAUCUGUCAUGAAAUGUUAUAUAGUUGGUUGUUAACAAAUAAUUUAGUUGAUAAACUAUUUGAUAUUAAAUCACCAUAUAUUACAGAGUUUUUAUAUGAAAACGAUAUUGAACUUUGUUGGAAGCAAUUGGCAAAGAAUUCACAGUUUGAAGAUGCCGCCAAGAUUUUAAUUGAAAUUGCAGAAAAAUCAAAAUUAUUAGAUAAAAUUAAAUGUUAUACCAAUUGUGCUUUGGUAUUAAGUGAAUUAAAAGAAAAUGAAAUCUAUUUAUUUGCAAAGAGACAGCUUGUUUUUUGUCAAAUUCAGAAAAAGAUUGUAAAUCAGCUUUCUAAUCUUUUGGAAAAUAACUCUGUCGCUCCAGAACAAAAGAAGGAAAUUAAACAAAGUUUAGAUAAUUUAAAUGAUAAUAUAUAUGAUAUUACAACUCUGUUUACUGAGUAUGCUAGAAAAUAUUUAUUACAUGAGGAAAUGUUGUAUUUGGUUCAUAUUGGUAAUCAUGAUGACCAACAGUUUGUAAAACUGCUCUGGAAGAUCAUCAUUGAGAAGGAAGCACAAGAGCGUUACAGCGAUGUCAAUCAGCUGGUGGAGGCGUUGAAGACAAAGAUCGUCAAUAUUGGCUACGAUCUCUAUCCAAAUGAUAGUACUUUCCCGUUGCAAUCGAUCGUCAAUAUCGCUGAGAAGACAGUGUUUGUCUAUGGCGAACAGACACAGACCUCGGUGGACGACGCACUCUGGCUGAUCCGUCCGUUGCACGACCAGGUCAAGAUCGACUAUUGGACACUGCUCGAUCAGUACCGUGAGAUCAUCGAGGAUCAAAACACAUCGAUCGAAUCGAACGAACCUACAUGGCGAACAAACACCGAGCGUGACUAUCUCAUUUCCAUCUUUAUCACUCUGAUCGAGACCAUGUUGAAGUUAUUCCCACCACAAUCUGUUGAGCGACAUGUCUUUAACACCAAGAGAAUCAACUACACACUCCGACAACUAAAAGAUAAAGUAUCUUCACAAUUAAAAUCAAGAAUUGAUAAUUUAAUAAAAAUUCUAAAUUAA